UAAUGAAUAAUGAUGGUUCGGUACGGCGUCUGGUCUUUCUUCCCCAAACUUACAUUCGUUAAAUCCCAAAUUGGUCUGUUAGGGUUUUCGCUGACCAAAUUUUGAUAACCUUUCCGAACCUCCUUUCCUUUCCACCUUUUUACACCAACAAAGAUAGUUAAAGGCUUAAACUUUCCAAUAUGUUUUUUCUGGACAUCAGUCUUAUUCAACAAAUUGAUUUCUUUCUUUUUCACAACCGCCUUCAUAAUCUUCAUAAUAAUAAUUCAAUCACCUAUCUCUAUUGACUGCUACUUAUAAUUAUCAAUGGUCCUUAAUAGAACUCUUCCAAAUUGCAACCCCCUGAGUCUUAUCUCAUAAAACGGGUUCAAUUGAGAUUCUCCUUUUGGCCUUUCUUUUUUGUUUCCUCCUUUCGAUAUGUGUAUACUUCGUCCCUUGAAUUCUUCUGGCCUCUGUGCCUUCUUCACAGUUGCCUUGCAAGCAUUUACUAUUAGGUACAUAUCAUGCCAAGGGAAAAUGCACAUGCAUCAUCGGCUGCUAAGCCUGCUGAAUCAGAUGAGAAGGUUGACCUUGAUGGAGACAACGACCCUGAAGAGGCAAUGAAAGAAGAGAUUGAGUAUGAAGAAGUAGAAGAAGAGGAAGAGGUAGAGGAAAUAGAGGUGGAAGAGGAUGAAGAAGAAGUAGAAGAAGAGGACCCUGAGGAGGAGGAGGAGGAGGAAGAGGAGGAGGUGGAAGAAGAGGAGGAGGAUGAAGAUAUUGAUAAUGCUGAUAGCAGUGAUGGUGCCAAAGUUGAAGAUGAGGAUGAAAAGAAAAAACACGCCGAACUUCUCUCCCUUCCUCCACAUGGUUCUGAAGUUUAUGUUGGCGGCAUUCCUCAUGAUGCUUCUGAAGAGGAUUUAAAACAUUUCUGUGAGUCUGUAGGAGAAGUUGUAGAGGUUCGAAUUAUGAAAGGCAAAGAUUCAAGUGAGAACAAGGGCUUUGCAUUUGUCACUUUUAGAAAUGUUGAAGUGGCUUCUAAAGCCAUCAAUGACUUGAACAAUACUGAAUUUAAGGGUAAAAAAAUAAAGUGUUCAACAUCUCAAGCAAAGCACCGCUUGUUCAUUGGUAAUGUUCCAAGGAGCUGGGGAGAGGAUGAUUUGAGAAAGGUUGUGAAAAAUAUAGGGCCUGGAGUUACUGGUGUGGAACUGGUCAAGGACAUGAAAAACACAAGCAAUAACCGAGGCUUUGCUUUCAUUGACUACUAUAACCAUGCAUGUGCUGAGUAUUCACGACAAAAAAUGAUGAACCCACAAUUUAAGCUAGGUGAUAAUGCCCCGACAGUGAGCUGGGCUGACCCUAAAAACGCCGAAUCUUCUGCAGCUUCUCAGGUGAAGGCUGUAUAUGUGAAGAAUCUACCAAAAAAUGUAACACAAGACCAGUUAAAAAAGCUAUUUGAACACCAUGGGAAAAUUACUAAGGUGGUGCUUCCACCUGCAAAGGCUGGACAGGAAAAGAGUAGAAUUGGUUUUGUGCAUUUUGCAGAGAGAUCAAGUGCUAUGAAAGCGCUAAAGAACACAGAAAAAUAUGAGCUUGAUGGUCAAGUACUAGAGUGUUCCCUAGCAAAGCCGCAGACAGAUCAAAAGUCUGCUGGACCAAAUGUUCAGAAGUCAGGGCUGCUUCCGGCCUAUCCACCACGAGCUGGUUUUGGUAUGGUAGGGGGUCCCUAUGGUGCUCUAGGUGCAGGGUAUGGCACUACUCCGGGUUUUGCACAGCCCUUGAUCUAUGGCCGGGGACCAACACCUUCUGGGAUGGCAAUGAUGCCAAUGCUUCUACCCGAUGGACGGAUAGGAUAUGUUUUGCAACAACCAGGACAGCAGCCUCAACACCCUCCUCCAUCGCAUCAUAGAGGGGGCGGCGGUAGGGGUGGUGGUGGUAGUGGAAGUGGCGGAAGAAGCAGUGGCAGCAGUGGUUCAAAGGGAAGGCAUAAUAAUGACGGUGGUGGUGGUGGUGGUGGUGGUGGUGGGAGCGGGCGCCGGUAUCGGCCAUAUUAACUAAUUAUGUCCUUGAGAUAAAUGUCUGAGUUGUUCCAACUUUAAUUGUAACUAUUAAUUAACAGUUUCAUCUGAUUUAUAGGAUGAUGUUAGUAGAAGUGUAGAAUGACAUGUUUGUUCAUGAAAAUCUUGUAGCAGUCAAAAUUGAUAUUCUAUUCAAUCAAUGCACUUUUUGAA